CGCAAUAUAAUCUAUUUUCUCUCUCCGAGCCCAGAUUUCAAAAGGCGGUAAAAAGAUACACAGACUGUGGUGCCACAAGAUUAACCCAAAAACUUAUAUUAUUUGUUUUUUGUUUUAAUUAUGAAGCACCACCAAUAUUUAUACAAACAAGAAUGCAAACUUACACAACAACCUUACCUUUACAACUCACUCACGCAUAAUCACAGCCUAUCAGUAACAACAUACAAUGCCCUCGCCGCGCGUUGAAAUUCAGUAUUGCACACAGUGCCGGUGGCUACUGCGCGCCGGAUGGACAGCGCAAGAGCUACUGACGACGUUCAUAGACGCCCUUGGCGAAGUCGCCCUGGUGCCAAAGACAGGCGGUGUGUUUGCCAUCUACGUCAAUGGGGAGCUUGUUUUUGACCGCAAGACUGAGGGUAGGUUUCCCGAAAUGAAGGAAGUCAAGCAGCUCGUUCGCAACAAGAUCGCGCCAGAGAUGGCAUUGGGCCAUAGCGAUACAGCUGUCAAGAGCCAAGCACAGAAGCUAGAAGAAUCGCACAGUUCCUCCGCUACCUGCGAAACAUGUCCUGCGCCAGCACCAAAGAUCGAAUAAAGUACGGUUUUGAAAACAGCUUUGUCUUGUUUGGGAACCAGUGAGCAAAAACGAUACAUUGUCAAUUCUUUUUUUGUUGAGCGUUGGUUUGUAUUAAUAAAUUAAAUAUAAAA